AUGCAGAGAAAAGAAUUCUAAUUUGUAGAAGAAAUGGUAAUGGAACUAUUUUCGUUGAUAGAUAAGAGUUCAAACCAAAGACUUAAGAACUCCCUUCAAGAACCAAUAUAAUCAAUUUAACAAUCACUCCAAAUUCUUAAAGAAUAUGAGGAGGAAUAGCAAAUAUUUAAUUUUUUAAAAGUACAAUUUGAAAAAUUACUCUAAAUUGCUAAAACUGAUAAUCAUUUACAAAUAGUCUUAGGUAACCAAAAACAAUGGUUUUCAUUUUUUAACAAAAAGUUAAUUGCUGAAGACAGAUUUAUUGAAUCUAUUUGUUAUAUAUCAAAAAUGAUGUUAAAUUAAUGCAAUACUUACUCUGUCACUUAUACUCAAUAUUUAACACAAGAAUGUAUUUCAUUGAACACAAAUCAACUCAUCACAAUUCAAUUCAAUUUUGAUGAUUCCCACACUUGUAUUACAUUUAUGGCACCAAAAAUAAUAGAAACUAAUUUAUUUUUGGUAGACAUUGAAUUAUAGAAGCUUAUGCAAAAGAUUCCACAUUUAGAAUAAAGGCUAAAUUAUGCUGAAAAAAAUCAACAUCUCUUAAAGUUGUGUUUCGAUCAAUCCAAUAAAACUAUUAAAUUUUGGAGUAAUAAUGAUAUUCUUAGUUAUCAAUUGACUUGCAGAAAGUCUAAAUAAUAAGUAGAUGAUAUCAAUUACAAAAUUUACUUAGAUGUUGGAAUGGUAAUCAAAUUAUCACAAAAUCAUAGCUUAAUAAUUGAAGAGUUAAAUUUCGAAGAUAAAUAACCAGAUGAUAUUUAGGAUGAAAUAUACCCAAUUUAUUUAUAAAAAGAAAGUGAAAAUUAAAGUCAAAUUAAAAUUAAUGAUGGAAAUUAAGCUGUUCUACUCUCUUUACCAUUAAAUAGUUCGAUUAAAUUGAAAAAUAAAUUGGAAAUGCCAAAGGAAGUUGACAUGACUUUAUUUCAUGAUAAUAAAGGAUAUUUUCUGGAAAUUGAGAGUUAAAAAUUAGACUAUCUUCCCUAAUUGUUAUCUACAAGGACAUAAGACAGAUAAUUACAGUUGAAAUCCAGGAAUUUAAACUUCGCUUUGGGAUUGAUAAUAUUAGGAUAAACUAAUAUUUUGAUGAAAAUAGAUUUGUAGACAAUCUGGAAUGGAGAAGGGUUAUUUGAAAUCUGA